GCCCAAUUGCCGGAAGCACCCUUUCACGUCACCAUAGAAAUGUUGAUACCUUGUACCUGUCCAGUUGCCAACUUAUUUCUCCGACUGUCUUUAAACGCAACACCUACUGCUCACCAGAUCUCCUUCAACGACCAUAAUUGUUACUGUUUUAGCGCUAUUUGUUCCUUGCGUUUUUCACUUAAAUAUGGAUAGACACGCCACGGGUUGUCCGCCUAUUUUUACUCUUCAUCCAUGUGUGCUGUAAACGCUCCACCCACCUCCCCUAGAGAGGGGCUCACUACUUUUGGAGCAAGCGGUCAACGUCAAGUGCUAGCUAGCCAAAGGGAGGGCGUUUGUGCCUGCUCUCACUGCGCGCAUGACCCCGAAACCUCUUCAUGGACAUGUUUUAGAGCUGAAGUGACUCAUCCAUGGAGGAUCUGGUCCUGGAGCCCCGGUCAAAGCGCAUCGCCCGCUACAAGGCGGAGAGGAGGCGCGAGCUGGCCGAGCCUUUCGGACACACGGAGGAGUUAUUGGACUCCGGACGGGCCAAUGGCAGCGGGGAGGCGCAAGAACAAAAUUCCCAAAAUAUCAACGGCAAGACGCACGGCGUUCUGAAUGGAUCAGACACUUCUGUGGGAUCUACCAGCCUGACAGGGCAGGAUUCUCAGAAAUCAGCCGGAGGCGAAGAGCGCCUGGUGCAGCAGCAACUCCAUACUCGGGUGUCGGUGGGCCAGCUGAGGAGUGCUCUCCUGCAGCAAGCGGGAAAUGUAGCUCUCCCGGACAAAGUGUGUACAGAAGACGGGCCACAAGCCGUGUCCUCACUGGACCCCACAGUGAAGACGCCGUCAGAUGGGGCUCGCCGCCGCACCCGGCGUUACUUCCCCGGCGGGCCAGGCGGCACGCGCAAAAACAGCGAGCGCUUCAGGACUCAGCCCAUCACGGCCAAUGAGAUGGAAGAGAGUGGCGGGCUGGUGGAGGCUCAGGAAGAGGAGACACGUGAAGCUGAUGUGAAAACAGACGCAAGAGCCCAGAUGACCGUGGCGGCCAAGAUGUCUUUAUUUAAAGAGCUGGAGAAGACAGCCGCGCCCGAGGCCUCUGCGUUCCUCAAGCCUCGCUCUGGAAGCGUCUGCCACGAGCGCAGGCAGCGGCGGGGCAAUGACCAUCGCUUCCUCACGCAGCCAAUCACCUGCGAGGAGAUGGUGGCUGUCAGUUCACCACCGAGCGCUCCAGAGGAGGCGCGCCCUCCCCAGGGGGAGUCAGCGGAAGCCGACGACGAAGGCUGCAAGCUUAGCGUGAGUGAGAAACUGGCUCUUUUUACCAAACUCUCCUUGCCCGAGGCGCCAAGCGCCGACGGGGCGCCGGAAAGGCGGCGGCAGAAGGGAGCCCGAUACCGCACGCAGCCCAUCACGGUGGAGGAAGUCAAUCUGUUGCAGGAAGGCCCGGUGCAGCUCCCCGCUUUGUCUCUGUGUUCUCACCUCUGCGAUAGGCAACGGUCCUCAUCCGUCAACUUGAAGCCCAGCGAGCUGCGCCUCUCCCGCUCCAAACCCGACAUCAGCCCCUCGCCCGAUCAAGCCACGCAGCGGUGCGACUCGGAAUCCGGGCUCAGAGGGAUCCUGAAGAGAAGCCGCUCGGAGCGCGGCGGGACUUCCCAGGCGGAGCGCAACGGCGGCGUUUGGCACGGAGACGCGGCAACGGGGAGGACGGCGGCGGGGGAGGAUGGCGGCUCACGGGCGGCCGCCCCGUGGAGGCAGAGGCCUCGGGGCAGGCGGGAGACCAUCGCCGGCACGCCGAUGCUCGCGCUGGCUAAACACACCGGCGGCCACCGUGAUGAAGUCGCCGAUACAGCAGAACGGGGUCGGGUGGCGCCGGUGAAUGGCGACGCUCAAGCGCACCACGUGAUCAACGGCGGUGCGAGUAAGGGAAAAAGCUCCCAUACAGACGGAGUGAAGCCUCAGUGUUGGGAGCCCGUCUACGCCUCCGUCUAUUCCAGCACUACACCUCAAUACGUCGUGUGCUUCAACCGGACCAAUCUGUCCUUUGAGGCGCAAGAGGUUGCGUCUCCCACGAUGAGUCGGAGUCCCCCACAGUGGACGCAGAAGUCUCCGCAGGUUGAGGAGGAUAAACAAGAGCAGCUUCGGCCGAUCAAGGCAGAAGAAACGACAAGUGAAUGUCCACAAUUAGACCGCAAUAAAACCUGUCAUCACUACGAGCAAUCAAUCGAAGCUCCUACAUGCUCAUUUGGAGUGAAACCGGAAGAGGUGACACCUGAGAAUGGUUUGUACGCUGGCCCGCCCUGUGGUGCCCCCUCAGAGAUGGGACAAGAUUUAGCCCUUUUCUGCCAGACUGACACCCCCAUCCUGACGUCAGCGGUGGCAGAGCACCGGCGUUCCGUGCGUCCCUCCCGGCGUACCCAGGGAUCCCGAAACCCGCUCCGGGCCCUGGCGGCUCGCGAGGACGUCAGGCAGGACUUCAUGGGCCUCAACCCUGCCGCCGAGGAGAGGAUCCAAACCGAGAAGAUUUAUGUCCACCCUUUAGAUUCUAAGACCCCGGAGGCGAAUUCCAUCAGUUCCUCGCCAGAUCUUCGGGAGUGUCAUCCACCCUUCACCAGCCCCAUGCUGCUUUUCAUUAAAGGAAGGCAGCACGUCCAGGUCCGCCUGGUCCGGCCUUCGGCCAGUUCCUUGAACAGCGGGGACUGCUACCUCCUGGUCACAGCAGAGGACUGCAUCCUGUGGAGCGGACAGUCGGCCAACGACAAAGAGAAAGCAAAAGCUUCAGAGUUGGCAUCUUUCAUUCAAAGCCACAAAGACUUGGGCUGUAACGCCACCUGUGUUGUCCACCUGGAAGAGGGGCUGAACUGCGAAAGCAGUGUGGCCGCAAACUUCUGGAACAUUCUGGGAGGAAGGACAUCUUACAGAGGAGCUGGUGCAGCAGAGGACGAUGAGCCGUAUGAGCGUGGCAUUGCGGAGUCCAACUGUAUUUACAAGAUGCUGGACAAUACACUGGUGCCCCACGAGCAAGCCUGGGCUUCCAUGCCUCGUGUCUCUAUGCUGGACUCCAAUGAGGCCCUGGUGUUUGACUUUGGCGGUGAGGUGUACUUGUGGCUGGGAAAGGACGUUCCCGUCGACCGUCAGAAGGUGGCGCUCCAGCUGAGUCAGCAGGUGUGGCUCGGGGCCUACGACUACAGAAACUGCCUGGUCAACCCCAUGGAUCCCACGCAAAAGGCCACCGACACGCAGCUGAUGGGUGAGGGCCGUCCCAGCUGGGCUCUCUUUGGUGUCGUCUGGGAAAACAGCGAGACGUCUCUUUUCAAAGAUAAGUUCCUGGACUGGACAGGAAGAGGAGGAGAAGAUGAGGGAGCGGCAAUAAAUAUGGUAAAGUCCUGCUCAGUGAUGCCACCUUGUGACCUCUUGCGGCCCUGCGACGCCAAGGCGCUGGUGUCGGGCAAGGCGACAGCAGCCGGAGCGUCCCGUAGCAUGCCGGCCCACACGGAUGUACAGAGAGGUGUCGGCUCGGGCACAAGGACUGUGGGAGUGGACACGUGGCAUGUCCACGAGUUUGACGACUGCAAGGUCCCUCUCGAAAGUGCGGGACAAUUUCACGAAGCCGACUCGUAUGUGGUCCGCUGGACGUACAAUAGCGGCGACCAUGGCGAAGACAGCACAGCUUUUUUUGUGUGGCGAGGACGUCACUCCAAUGCGAGUGGACGGGACACCGCCGCUUUUCUCUCCAUAGGAAUCAACACCGGUCAAGAAUCGCAGGUUGUGGUUCAUGAAGGAAAGGAGCCUCCAUGUUUCCUGCAGCUCUUCAAGGGAGGUCUGGUCAUUCAUAAAGGCCGCAGACAGGUCUCCUCUUCUACUGCAGUGGAGCAAGCGGGCACAUGGCGCCUGUUUGCCGUCCGAGGGGAGCUCCCUGAUGAGGGCUCGCUGCUGGAGGUGGAAUGCUCCUGCGCCUCUUUGCGCUCCAGAGGCUCGCUGCUUCUGAUCAAUGGCCAGCAGGCGGCGCUGUAUCUCUGGACCGGCUGUAAAGCUUUGGCUAGCUGCAGGGAGGUCGCCAAGAGGGCUGCUGAGUGCCUCACUCAAGGAUGUCCGGCAGAAUUGAGUCUGAGUAAAAGCAGUCCGGUGAAGAUCCAGGCAGUAGAGGAAGGUUCAGAGCCCGCUGACUUCUGGGCGGCUCUGGGACGCCUGGACAGGAAGGCCUAUGACUGCAUGCUACAAGAUCCAGGAAAAUAUAACUUCACGCCGCGGCUCUUCCACCUGAGCGCUUCUUCCGGCAGCUUCCGGGCAGAGGAGCUACACAGUCUGUCGCGCCUGCCGGGCCUAGUAGCAGCCAUGCCGUUCAUCCAGGAGAACCUGUAUGCGGUGCCACCGCCUGCCCUGUUCCUGCUUGACAACCGAUUUGAAGUGUACCUGUGGCAGGGCAGCACGGCAGAGGAUCAAGCGGGCCGCUGGCACGCCGAGAGGAAGUGCGCCUUGGAGACGACACUGCAAUACUGCAAAGAAGUCAACCCGAGACGCCCGCCACACGCCUACCUCAUCUUGGAGGCUUCCGAGCCUUUGACCUUCACUAAUGUGUUCCCUCGCUGGGAGAGGAAGCAGGCGGCCCUCGCACAGGGCAAGCUGACCUUGGUGCAGGACGCCCUGGCCCAGCUCACCAACACAAGAUCAAAACAAAGCCCCUUACCUGACAGAGUGCACCCACAAGGCCAUCUGUCGGACCACAACUUCCAGAAUACUUUGGAGCUGAAGCGACAGUACUCGAGCUGCUAACGAGCUGACUUGAAGCGAAACUAAAGGACUUGUUUGCCAAAUGGACAAAUUUUACGGUAAAAAAAAAGAAGUGUAGCUCAACUUUAUUUAUGUACUUUUUCAACAAGACACAGUACAACAACCAUUUUAUCUGUACAAAUCACAGAUAGAAUAUACACGUGACAAACUACUGUAUGUGGUGUGAGUGCUUACAAAAGAUAUCUAAUAAACAAUAGAAAUGACAUAAAUGGCA